AUGGCGAACGAGACUGUUAUCGAAUGUCGAGCUGAGUAUGUGAUUGGGACUGCCAUAUUCGCGUUGCGGUGGUUUGCCCGGUGGAAGACCACUGGUUUCAGAGGGUUCCUAUUGGACGAACUCUUUGCCUUUUCUGCGUGGACGUUCUUCACUCUCAUCUACGCGAUGGUAGAGUUUCUGGCCGUCGUUGGAGCACCCAUAGCACUCACGCAAGAACAACGAGAAGUCUUGCCGGGUCCCAUGAAGAAGUCGAUGCGGGAAGGAGCCAAGGCGAUGUUUGCGUCUUUCUUCUUCCUCAUCAUGAUGGUAUGGAGUCUGAAAGGAUGCUUGAUCAUGAUCUUUCUGCGCCUGACGAGGAACACACGAUUGCACUCGUAUGUGCUCACCGUCGCUGCUGUCUCGAUUGUCUCCUGUGUGGUUGCGAUCAUCACGCAGUUUACACAUUGUCUGCCUCUGCACCACAACUGGCAGAUCCUUCCCGACCCCGGCAAGGAGUGCUCGGCCGGUGUAGUGAUCAAUAUUGUCAUCGCUGUUGGAAACGUCCUUACCGAUACCUUGUUAUUGGUAGUACCCAUCUCCGUCCUCAAAGAUGUGCAGACGGCUAUAUGGAGGAAGCUCAAGGUUGGAUUCCUGCUUUCUCUCGGUAUAUUUGUCAUGGGAAUGGCGAUCGCGAGGUGCAUCUUGUCCAUCGGCUCUUCCGUGCAGGUUGCUCUGGCAUCUGUUUGGGCACAGCGCGAAGGAGUAAUUUCUCCACAUUCUGCUGCCUUACAAAACUAA